AUGAAUCGUGCAUUUUGGAUCUCUUCUCUCUUCUUAAUCCUUUUCCUCAUCUUCUACCGUGUCCAAUCCGCAAAGGACAUCAUCCAGGACACCUGCAAGAAGCUUGCAGACAGCGGCCCGAGCUAUAAUUUCGGCUUCUGCGUGAAUUCUCUUGGUUUGGACUCGGAGAGCCACAGAGCGGAUCUCGAGGGACUAGGGCUGAUCGGGCUCAGGCUGUUACAAGCCAACCUGACGGGCACAACCAAGCACAUUAAGCAUCUACUGAAGCAAAAAUCGGAGAAGCGCCUACUCAAGGCUCUCUCGCUAUGCUUGGAUGCUUACUCGUCAAGUGAGGGCAUAGACAUGACCCCGACUUACAAGGAGAAGCAUUACUUAGAUUUGAACAUUCGGCUAAACCGUUUAUUGACUAACAAAGAUAUAUGCAACACUCAAGGAUCGGAGUAG